AUGGACCAAAAUACAUAUAUUCUUGGAAGUAUCGGGGAACACAACAUCGUUAUUGCUAGCCUACCGACUGGCGGAUAUGGCAAUACAUCAACUGCAACGGUUGGAAUGCAGUUGCUGUCUAGUUUUCAUGCCAUCCGCUUCGGUUUUAUGGUUGGUAUCGGCGUGAGCCAGCCGACUGACACUUCUGGAGGCGUGAUCCAGUACGAUUUAUGGAAAGCGCUAAGCGGCGGCCAGUUUAAGCGAACCGGGAUGCUUAAUCGGCUUCCUAAGGUUCUGUUAACCGCUCUCGCAACUCUCCAGGCACAUCACCUCACAGAAGAUAGCCGGAUCGUCGGCUUUGUUUCCAACCUGCAAGCCAAACUAGCGCCCCACAAAGCCACUAAAUUUACGCGACCGACGCAAGAGGACUCCCUAUUCCAGGCAGAAUAUGAUCAUAUCGCAUUCGAUACGUGUAUAAAUUGCGAUAGGUCUAAAUUAUUUCCACGACCUCCACGCGAGCACCAAGAUCCAGUAAUUCACUAUGGACUCAUCGGAUCUGCAAAUCAAGGCGAUUUGGAGAAUGACUGUAACUAG